AUGAAAGAGGUGGACCGAAGCUACUUGCCACGCAUGGCUGGUGGCAUGCCGUCCAAAGAAGGUCACUCUGGUGGCGAAAGGAAUGAAAAAGAGGGGAGGAAUUUCGAGAAAGCAGCUGGUAGAAGCCAUAUUGCUUAUAAGUCAUUAUCAAACCGACUUCUUCAUGAUGAUAAACUUGUAGAAACAAUCUACGUAAGAGCCGAAAGGUGGAGUAAUCCAUCUCGGGAGUAG